AUCUUCCAUUUCAGACAUAAUUUUGUUGUGAUAGCUGGGGAGCGUCGCCAAAUUUCGCCACUAAUGAAGUGAGUGCGUUUUCGUUAAUUUGCGGUGUUUUCAAAGUCGCUCAGGAUGUGUGUGUUUUAAUAAUAGACUGUCCUGCUCAAUAUAAUCUUCUUCCAUCGAACGAAAGCAGCACAGGAGGCCGUAUGGAAAUUUGAAGUAACACCAUGGCAUACUCGCGCAGAGAUGGGUUCAGCUACCUGGACGGGGUGCAGGUGAAAAUAUCGGAAAAGUUUCGUCCUCCACGAAGGGUAGUGCUCCCUGUCAGCCUUGCUAGAAACACAUUCCCGGAGACGCUGAACGAGCAUUAUGACUUCAGCGUAGAGUUGCGAGCUGUGGAGUUUGCAGAGAGGUACCGCCGUGAACAGCAAGCCAAGCGCCAAGCCAGGGUCGACCGCGUGGCAGCGGACAUAGAACAGUUCACACAGGUGGGUACGUCGCCAAGCGAUGGAUCCAUUCCCAUAGUUGCCACUGCAACGACGGCCAAUGACUGCUCUGCCAGACCCGUGGCACCCCCUGUGGUGGUGCCGUCCGGCGCCAUCCUCCUGCCCGCACAGGCAACGGGAUCAAGGGAGACCAAGGAAGCCGCCUCCACGGCGCCGGCGCGGCCGCAGACUAACCAGCACUUCAGUCUGGCCGAGUUUGAGAACGAUAGCUCCAGUCCCUUCGACUACGUCGAGCUGCAGACUAUCAACGAUCUGGAGGAACUCAACUCCGUCUUUCAGGGAAUAUCGGUGUGCCAUCCCGCGGCACCGAAAAGCGAAAAUGCCGACUCGUCGGCGCCUGCGGCCAGCCAGGUGCCGACGUUCGACGUCAAGAUUCCCGGAGUCCCCGUCUUGCAAGAGGCCGAAGUCAAUGGAUAUCUUGACGGCACCGCAGCUUCGGCUACGGCAGCGGCCGAGGACGCCAAGCCACUGAGGCCUUCCAGAAGUGCCUCGGACGUCCGGAGCUCCGGAGACAAAGGCCUGCAGAAUGCAUGGCGCUCAAACACACCUCCACCACCGUACACCCACAGCAACGUACCACACCUGCCGAGCAUGAUGGAUGCGAGGCCCAAGCGAAUCCUGAGCCCCGCGACGGAGCAACUCCUGAAAUACUUGGUCGACAUGGGCUUCGAAGAAGACCGGGCACUGCGGGCCAUUGAAUCCCAGGGAAUGGAUGACAAGAAGGUCAUAGAACACUUGUGUCAUGUACAGUCCCUGGUGGAUGCUGGGUUCACUGACCUUGAUUCUGAAGAGGCACUUGGGUUGAACAAGAGCAACUAUGAACAAGCACUGGAAUUUCUCAAGCUUCAGAAGCAAUUCCUCGACCUCGGAUUCCAAAGAGAGGCUGUCACAAAGGCUUUGAUGGAGAACAAAAAUGACCGAGACAAGGCUCUUGAUUCAUUGUUGGGGUGAAAGUUUUUGUAUGUGUUAUAGGUUAAUAAAUAUAUCUUCUUUUUUUUUCUGAUA